UCACAGUUCUCAUACACACAGAGCCAUCCAUAUACGCCUUGCACGAUGUCGUCCUCUUCUACUCUCAACCAGUCAAGCACGAAGGAGUGGCUUAUGAAGUUUUUCAGCGCCAUAGACAGCCUCGAUAUUAAUCGUUGGGUAGAUAACUUCUACACCAAAGACGCCGUAUUGGAGUUUGGCAAUAACCCCGCCAUCCAGGGCGCCGAGAACAUCAGGAAGUGGUUCGGCGACCAGCUGCCAUUGGUUGCGAGCAUGAAACACGAUACUGGGGAAUUCCACGAGGCGAACGGCAGCAUCUAUGUCGCAGCUACUAUAACCUAUGUAGUCAAAGGCGAUCCGAUCAACAAACCCAUUCCUCUUCGGGCAUUUGCCAUUUGUCACCGGAUCGCGGUAGACGAGCCAACAUCUGAGAACGAGGGAAAGAGGGCGAAUAAAGUACAGAUAUUCAUCGAUAGGGGUCUGGUCAUGGAGAGGGUCAAGGAGAUAAUGGUGAAAGCUUGAGAGAUGGGUGGAUGUGUUAACAUACUGCAGUGUAUUAGUAGAUUAAGAUCAGCAGGAAUAAC